AUGGGGGGAAAGCAGCGUGGCGGCAAGGGGACAGCGGGCGGAGGGGAAUCAGCUGCGGCGGGGACGACGCGGGAGAAGGCGCGGAUGGCGGACGGUGCCGGGGAGAAGGGGCGCGCGGGGGGAGGCGCAGGGGAGAAUGGUCGUGGCGGGGAAGGAGUGGGGGGAACGGGGCGGGCGGCGGAGGUGGCGGAGGUGGCGGUAUCGCUGGGGGUGACGGGUCACGCGGGGCACCUCGAGAUCAUCGCCGUGGACCGCCACAGCUUCCCCCUCCACCCCCGCCUCGCCCCCCCGCCCUUCCUGCUCGUGCGCUCCUCCCCCUUCCGCUCCCCCUUUGGCCCCCCUUCCACCCACCCCACCUGGCCCCCCAGCGCUGCACGCAUGUCCGCCUCUCCCCCUUUCGCUUCCCCAUUGCUCCCCCCACUGCUCUCGUGCCCUCGUGCCGCCUUGCUCUCUUGCUGUGCAGCGUCCCUUACUUGUGUCACCUCCCGCCUAUACCACAGCUCUCUCCACGCCAUACCCCUCCACUCGGCCCUAUCCUGUCAACAUUCACAACCAGUCGUUCCAUUUCCCAGACACCCCAAGCCUCCCUUCCCCGAGCCUCUGGACGUUCGGGAGCUACCGGAGCUGUGCCCUCUGGCCGUGUGGGAUGACGUGGAGCGCCAGCUGGCGGUGGAGCCGCAGGAAGACGCCAUGUGGCAGUACGACUGGAUGCCACGUGGCGCCCUGUCAGCCGUGACACCUGGCGGGCUGGGCAGCGUGCUGCAGCCAGCGUGGCACCCUCCCUGGGUGGAGGAAUGGGGAGAUGGGGUGUGGGGGGAGGUUGAGGGGGAGGGGAAGGGGAUAGAGGAAAGGGAGGGCGUGGGUGAGGAGGAGGGAGGGGCGGUGAGGCGACCAGAGCUGGUGGACGAGCUGUUCUUCCCCCCGGGCACGUAUCUUGAUCUCACCCGCCCGCCCCCCUCCGCCCUAGAGCUCGUCCGUGGCACCACUGCUGGCGCCGCCCACCCCCUCGCCCUCUCCUCGCACCCACCUCCACACACUGCUGUUGCUGGGGGUGCAGCGGAGUUGCAGCACGGGGAGGGGCAGCAGGCGGGUGGGGGGAGAGGGGAGUCGGAUGAAGCGCUAGUGGCGCUGUUUGCGUACUUGGAGAGAGGGGCGGAAGGGGGUGGGGGAGGGGGAGCAGCGCAAGGAGAGAAGAGGGGCGUUGGGGACUCGUUGCUACUGCUGAGUGUGCCGCCCGGGCUCACUGAGGGUGGACGAUUCGAGGCCAGGGAGGAGGUGAGACAUGGGUGGGUGGUUGGCGGGAUGGGAGAGGGACAUGCUGCCGCUCUCGCUGCUGCGCGCGCUGGCCACCCCCCCAAAGGAGUCUCAGAGGUGCCUCCUGAGGAGGCGCAGGUUGCGGGCACUGGAGGGGCAGCAGGGAGCGGCGCUGCUGGUGUGGAGGGGGGAGAAGGGGGAGAGGGAGAGGCUGAAGGGGAGGCUGGGGGUGGGCAGGGGGGAGGAGAGGGGGAGAGCGGGAAGCUUGGGUUCGCAGAUGUGUUUCAAACGGCGUGGGGUGCUGGGGGGGAUGAAGAGGAGGAAGAGGAGGAGGACGAGGAGGAGGAUGGAGAGGAGGAGGAGGGAGAGAAAGAGGGAGAAGGGGAGGAAGGGAAGGGGGUGGUGGGAGGAGGAAUGGGCGCCGGAGAAAUGGUUUCCUCUGCAGCCACCGCACGGCCGUCACCACAGGGCAAGCGCGGUGAGAGGAAGAGCGGGGCGGCAGCAGCAGUGGAUGCGCUGCUGGGGGCGGGCAGGGGGGCGUUUGGCAGCCUCGAGUGGUGGACUGCUGGCUCGGGCCUGGGGCUGCUGGGUGCUGCGCCGUCUGCUUCCCGCCCUGCUGCUUCCAAGGAAGGCCAUGCAUGGGCGUGGGCAGUGACAGACGGCAUACCGGAUCUGGACCGAGAGUUCGCCACCAUCGAGCCCGACAUGGCCAUGACCUUCCCUUUCCAGCUUGACACCUUCCAGAAAGAGGUGCGGACAUAG